GGCAAAUCCGGCAUUACCCCUGGUGAGCGGUCCGUUGGCCGUGCCCAUACAUCGUGGUCCCGUCCAUCAUCCCCCCCUUCCCAGCGUCGCAUGCCGCCUGGAGUCUUCAAGGCCCCUCCCGCUCGCCCCCUCGUCCCAUCCCAUCCCCAUGUUUCUCGAUGGGUUUUGAAAAAGAACGUUCACCCCUCGACCCAUGACCUCUCGACUUCGCUCUCAACAUAUCCCAUCAGCCCCAUUUCACGAAGACAAAAUGCUGGCGUUUACCAGAGCGCCGACGAGGAUCCACAUAUAACAGAGGACGAGGACGGAUAUCGAGAACAGAGACGAGUGGAUUCUCUCCGGUCUCAACGACUCCGUAGGGAGGUCACCCCAACCAGAGCACGAUGGCUUCCGACCAGGAGAGGCAGAACAGCCUCAUCAUCACUGCAUGCUUGUUCACGGGCAUUUCAACAAUCGUGGUGGUCGCUCGUACCUUCGUCCGGACUGUUGUGAUCCGAAAGCCUGGCUUGGAUGACUACGCUAUGCUCGUUGCCACGGCUUUUACGCUGGCGUAUCUAGCCGAGAUCUUCAUGGGCAAGGCCAACCACAUCGGCUUCCCGAGGGAUAGCCUGAGUAUGGAGAACAUGACCAACCUCCUCAAGAUCACUCUGGCCAUUGAAGUCAGUUACUAUGUGUGCAUCACGGCGAUCAAGGUUUCCAUAUUGUGCAUGUAUCUCAGAUUCGCCGUCACCAGAUCGUUGAACGUUCUCUGCAUUUGUACAAUCGUGUUCCAUUUUUUGUUCUUCUUCGUCUCCAUCGGUGUCACCCUCUUCCAGUGUCAGCCACUCCACAAGAUGUGGGACUUGACCCAGACCGUCGAGGGAGUGUGUAUCAACACCACGGCCUUCUUCUACUUCACAUCCGGCUUUAACAUCGUGACCGACAUCUGGAUUCUCGUCCUCCCCGUCAAGACUCUUUCAGGCAUUCUCCGGCCUCGCAGGGAGAAGAUUGCACUCAGCAUUAUUUUCGGCGUCGGUUUGUUCGCCACGAUCACCUCGGUCAUUCGGCUCCAUACCAUCUACACCUACACCCUUGCCGAGGACGUCUUUCGCGAAAGCAUCCUCGUCAACAUCUGGUCCAUGCUCGAGAUCAACAUUGGCAUCAUCUGUGCCAGCGUCCCCGCCCUGAAACCCCUUUUCACCCCCAAAGCCCUCAGGGAAGCAACGAACCGAAACAGGCGGGCUGGAUAUCAGUAUCACAGCCAGGAAAGAUCAGCCUUCAAUUCGAAUGGCUCAAAGUCCAGGGACGGUGCGUUCGACCUGGACCGAGUCGGCGAGCAAGCCAACUCUAAAACAAUGUUUCAGAGCACAUCCCGCAAAUCAAGAAGCGAGGAUAGUAUACUACGUGUAUAG